AUGGCAUCUCAAUUGGUAAUCUACUCAGCGCAUGUUAUUCUUCUUGUUUUAGUGUGGCUUCUCGCAUACACGGAGGUUGUUCCCAUAUUGUCAUAUCUUCCUGAAUGUGCACAUAAUUUGGUUUACUACGCGCCCUUACUUGCAGUAUUCUUCCUAGCAAUUUAUGCCGCGUUCAACGUCAUCUACGGAGUUGCCACAUUCAACGAUUGCGCUGAAGCCAAAUCAGAGCUGUUAAGUGAAAUUAAGGAAGCGAGAGAAGAGCUGAAAAGAAAAAGAAUAAUUGAAUGA